AUGGGGGAAACUCUUGAAACCGUGCAGUCGAGAUUGUCGAGCGUUUUGGUUUGUGGUUUAACCAAGCUCAUGAGUUUAGAACUCUGCGGAUCAUCUACCUAUUGUGUGAUUAGUCGUAUAAACUUUUCAAUAAAGGAUAGAAUGAAAGUGAAAACUUACGGCGAUGCAGAACACUGCUAUUCAAUUGAUAUUAGAAGGUGA